AAUAGAAAAAUGGGAAGGAAAGAAAAUCACUUAUCAGCCUAAAGCCGUCAUUUGAAAAACCCUCUCUUCUUGUCAUUACUGAAGAGAGAAAGGGAGGGAGUGAAUAGUGACAGAGGGAAGCACUUGUCGAAAACGACGCCGGUGACGGAGUUUUAGGAGAAAUCCGGUUGACACCCUAUUUUUUCUUGAAUGAGGUCAUAUUUGGAUGAUUCAGAGUUUUCCCCUCUGACCCCUCACUCUUAAAAUGAAUACAAGAGGUGGCCGGGUAUCUAGGGUUCAGAAGACGCAAAGUUUUCAUGGUGAGGGGCCAAAUUGGCUUUUUAUUGCUGGUGGUGCCUUGCUAAGUACCUUAUCAAUCCGCCUUGGUUACAAGCUGAAGCAGGCACUUGACACGAAGCAACGGGACAAUGCUUCUUCUAUCUCAAAAGGGAAUGGAACUUCUAACAGAAGGAGAUCAUCAGGUUGCCGUUUACACUCAAAUAUGUAUUCAUUUACCCAAGAAGAUGAUGGUUGUUUCAACUGCAUUUCAGUUAAGUUUGGGCUCAAAACAGCAGCUGAAGGCAUAGGGGAGAAGUGCCAAACCAAUGGCCAGAUGCUGCCUGAAUCUGAAGUUGCUCUCCCUCUGGUGACAGUUCCCAACUCCGAGUUCAACAAGGAUAAUGGUGUUAUGUGGGCAUCAUCUCCUGAUCGCCUUGAGUUGCCUCCAAAGCCAGUCCAUCAUUCUAACUGCUCUGACUCGCCAUGUGUCUCAGAAUCAGGCUCUGACAUAUUUAGCAAGCGGGAAGUGAUACAGAAACUAAGGCAACAGUUGAAGAGAAGAGAUGAUAUGAUUCUGGAGAUGCAGGAUCAGAUUAUGGAGCUGCAGAACUCACUGAAUGCUCAGGUGGCACACUCAAGUCAUUUACAGUCACAGCUGGAUGCAGCAAAUAGGGACUUGUUUGACUCCGAGAGAGAAAUCCAAAGGCUGAGGAGGGCAAUUGCAGAUCACUGUGUAGGACAUAUUGGCAUGAAUGAGCAGACUUCAACGGUUAAUGCUAGGCCAUCUGACAUAAGAAAUGGUCAUGCCAAUGGGUAUCUUGAUGUGGAAAGCAAAUUGGACUCCCCUAAGAAGGGAAGGGUAGCUGGGGAGAGAAUUGAGAUGCUGAAGAGGGAAGUAGGAGACUUGAAAGAGGUGAUAGAAGGAAAGGAAUAUUUGUUGCAGAGCUACAAGGAGCAGAAGAUGGAGCUUUCCAUGAAGAUCAAGGAGUUGCAGCAUAGAUUGGAUUCCCAGCUCCCCAAUAUUUUGUAGGUACCUUUAGGAUUUUGUGCAUUCUUGCUUGUUUUCCCCUGUUUCUUUCUUUGUUUCAAGGUUAAAAAAAAUGCCUCUUUUUUUCUCCUUUCUUUCCCACAUUCAUUGGCUUUAAGUUUAGUGUUAGAUGAUGUGUCCUUUGCUUGUGCAUCUGUUAUGUAUGAGAAUGGGAUGUGUGAGAGAGAAAGAGGAUGGAAAAAGCAAAGCAGUGGGCACACCAUUAUAUUGGUUUGUGAUUGACUUUUCUAUUGCUUGGCGAGUGCCUUCUUAUUUCACUUAAAUCAUAUUUUUGAAAUAUUAUUUCAUAUAUUGGAUUACUUCAUACUAAUUUCACUUAAUCAUGUCUAGAAUUGAAUUAAUAUAAACCUUUUAAGGGAAAGAGAUGGAAUUAUACAUUGAAUUUGAUAAGGUCAUAAUGUUUAUGUAAAGUCAGUUUUUGUGAAUGUAAAUAUGUUUAAAUGUAACGAAUAA